CUUCAUCGCCCAUCGUUGGCUAAACCCCCUCUCUCGUUCCCGUUUCGCCAUCUCACCCCCCCUCGCCAUCAUCGACCUCCUCCUCCUCAUUGCAUUGACUGUAUCUCACUUUGUGUUCCACCCCUUUCUUUCACGACCCAAACAAAACUCGACACUACCUACACAACCACCCUACCCCUCUCGCCCAAACCUUUUCGUCGACAACGCCCUGGCUAGAGGCCGAGCGUCUUGAUUGUUUCCCCUCGUCGUCGUCUCCGCGUCUCCUACCGACAAGAAUCACUUGAAACACGGACAACGUGCCUGCGCUCGAGCUACCCACAACCCACCGUCCUUUCCUCAAGCCUCCCCUGCAUCUCCUCCCUCCCUCACGCUCACGCCGCCUCUUUCUUGAUCCCUCGAUCCACCACCCCCCCUUCCCUCCUCGUCGUACCCCAAGUCCCAUCGCGCCCAAGGCCAGAGGCCAACACCCAGCGACACACAUCUCGACCAGCAACCACCUCGCCCUCGUCAACCCGACACGCCGCGCCGCCGUUGCCGAGACCCAACUCUGUCCAAACUCGUCUUUGGCAGGACCAUAAUCCCAAACUACGCGCACGCACCAGUUGCUUUCUCUUCAUCAUCGACGGUUGCGCUCAUUGCCGAGCUUGACCAGCUCGCCGAGCUCGAACAACGCGUGCGCCCGGCCCCUCGUCCAUCCACCACGCGAUCCAGUCGUAAAAGCGUCUCGUCGCGAUCCACCCUUUGCAUCGUCAAGGGUUCGUGGUGUCACAUCAAAGUCUCACACGUCGCUCAACCCGUCGCCCUCGCCGCCUACCGUGACGCUUGGACGCUCACGACGACGCUCGGACUGGCUGCCGUCGACUUGACCCUACCCUCCCCCACAUUUGCCAUUGCCAGACAAUCGCUCGCAGUGACCUGCGCGUCGAUUUCGUGGCCUGUCAAGUAACAAGCAUCUUCUCCAUCGCAUUCGCGUCUACGAACUCUUUCGACUCGCGUCGGUCGGUAGCUCUUAAAGAGCACCCUUUCCACCCCCCUCCCUCACACAGCCACCCGCCGGCCGUCCUGACGACCGAUCAUCGCCACCUCCCCGCCCUUCCCAGCAAUGUCCAUAUCACGAAAGCGUGUCGGCUCUGUCAGUCAGCGUAACGACUCGCCUCUCCCACCACUGGACAUUCAAUCCAUCCAGAUGCCGCCAAAUCCCCAAAAUGCCCUGGCCCUCAAGACGGCAGCCUUGUCGUCGACAAAGACCUUGUUCCAGAUGGCCUCGGGCCUGAGGAAGAGGUUGCGGAGUGUCGAGGACUUUGCUCCGUUUCUGGAGCAACCAAGCAGUGCGAACCAGCUCGACGUCGUGGCCCACAUGUGCCAUGUGUUCCGACUGGGAUCCUCGCUUUGCCACCUCUACAACCAGUUGAUCCCCUCCUUUGUCAACCCAUCGUCUCCCCUGUACGCUGGAGACCUCCCAGAACCACACCCGAUCAACUAUGACCCUCCUAACUUCAAGGACUCGCCCGAAGGUGUCCGCAACUGGGCCAAGCGUCCUGAAAACGCCAAGGUCUGCCAAAAGUACAUUGCCUUGUUCUGCAUGGCAAUGAAGCAGCGGCGCGAGGAAGGCAGAUGGCACGGAGAAUCAUGGGCCAUCCACGAGCUACUGGGCAAAAGCACUGGCGACGAGAGCGACCUCGAAUCCUACGACUCGACCGGCUUGACAAAGGUCUUCCAGACAGUCGAGGCGAUGCUCGACAACCUGCCAGAGUCGGCCAUCUUCCCAUCUUCUCCCACACCGACUACCCCGUUUGGAACGAGUUCAUCCCAAACAUUCUCAGCCCUCGCACCGCUCUCCACCAACACGCGCUCAAACUCGCGCCAGUCGUAUGAGUUGCCCUAUUCGUCUGCGGGCACACCAACCGGUUCUUCUGUCAACGGAAUCGCCGCGGCAGUCAACGGCGGCAUCCUCACAGAUUCCGAAGCUGGUCCUGGUCCUUCGACCGUCGAGCAGCAGCGAUCAUCCGGUUCGGGUGCUAUUGGUGCCAUUGGAAAUGCCUUCAAGACGGUCGAGGAGCUCGUCAACAGUGAGCGCUCAUACGUCCAGGAGCUCGAGAUUCUCGAGCGGUGCUCGGUCGAGAUCCUCAAGGCCGAGCUCGUCUCCGCCGAGACGGUUUAUUCGAUCUUCUCCAACCUCCGCCAGAUUCUCGACUUCCAACGCAAGUUCUUGAUCAAGCUCGAGACCGAGUACGAGCCGAUCGAGGAGCGUGGAUGCGUCGCAUGGAACGAAGGGCGUUUCGGACGGCCAUUCGUCGAGAUGGAGAAGGAGUUUGAGUGCUACGGCCCCUACUGUGCCAACUACCUGGACGCCAUGAAGACGGUCAACGACUUCAGGGUCAACUUGAUGCUUGGACAGGACCUGCCGGAGGGACAAAAGCCAUGCCUGCAUCCCGAGCGCGAACUCCAGGCGUUCAUGAUCAAGCCCAUUCAGCGUAUCACAAAGUAUGGGCUGCUUCUGGACGCUAUUCUCCACGCCACAGCCAAGCAAGAGUAUGCUUACCGCGAGGAGCUCCAGGCCGGUCUUGCAGCAGUACGGCGCAUUGCCGCCGAUAUCAACGAGACGACGGCGUUCAAGGAGAAGCAGGCAACUGUCCGCGAGCUUGUCGAGCGCGUUGAUGACUGGAAGGGACACGACUACGAGCGCUUCGGAGACUUGCACCUCGACGACCAGUUCACCGUGUCCAAGGCCGACUCGCCCAGAGAUUACCACGUCUUCCUCUUCGACAAGAUGAUGCUCUGCUGCAAGGAGAUUCAGCAGGACAGAAAGAAGGGUGCCAAGAACAACAGCAUGCUCAACCGCAAGGACAAGACAACGAGCAAGAGCGCUCUCCCACCAAAGUCUCGUCUGGCAUUAAAAGGGCGAAUCUUCGUCUCCAACAUCACGGCUGCUCACCUCCUCCCACCAACAGAGCAGUAUGGUGCCCCUCGGGUUCACAUCGUCUGGUCGGUCCCGGCCAAGUCGGGCGAUGCGGAGCAGGAUGUCGAGGACUCGUUCAUCAUGUCUGGGCGCUCUGAAGACACGAUGAAGAGAUGGGCCGACAAGGUGAUGGAACUGGCCGCCAUUGCCCGCAAGCAGCAAGAGGACCGCACUGCCAGCACCCGGUUCAGCAGCAACACUCGUGCAUCUGACCCUCGUGCCCCGUACUGGGCUCAAUCGCAGUUUGCUCCUCCCACGCCUGCCACCGAGCAUGGCACGUUCAACUUCCCUCCCGUCCCCGGCACUCCCAGACAAAGCGAGAACGGCUACUACUUGGAUGGCGACGACGACGAGCCUGUCAACGGUCUUGCCAUCUAUGGCGUUCCUGGCGUGCCCUUCCCAGUCAAUGCGCGUCGUGCCCAGAGCCAGCAGUCCUUGCCAGCUGUUCAGCAGGCCGAGCUGCGCGCUCGUGCAAUGACCGAGGACCAGAACGGGCCGAGCAUGACUCAGUGGCGGCAGCAGGCCGUCCCGCCUUUGCCAUCGCACCCUCGCUUGGCGUCCAACGAUUCCAACGGGUCUGCUGUCACCCCAGAGGGGUGGCGCGCAGGAUCCAACGGCCGCCGCCAGCACAGCCAGUCGCAGUCGCGCCUGCCUGGCCGCCUCGAGGAGGAGGAAGCUGAGUUUGCCAGCGCCCCUCCAGGCGCCUUCGCUCGUUACGAGCAGGCCACGCCCAGAGGCAUGGCCAGAGCCCCCUCAAACGGUUCAGCUGCCCCUCAAGGCCAGCCACAAGGGUCGGUCCGCAGCCGCAGCGCCUCGUCGCCCAAUGUCUACCAGCCGGUGAACCAGGCUCCUCUACCUCCACUCCCCAACGGUUCGAGCCCCACUUGGCAAAACCAGAACACGCCAUACGUGUCUUCCUCUGCCACCUCGUCGUCUACUGGUCUUGGAUCUACCCCUGGCGGCACGGCCUACUUUAACCGUCGCAUGAGCACUGGCAAGCGCUCGAGCGCAGAGUCGCAGACCACCGAAACGUCGGAGACUUCAAGCCAGAGCCCUCGCACGCCGUACACCAACGCCACUCCCGGCGACUUGCGUGGCGCCACGCCCGUGUCUCGCCAAAACAGUCAGGAAGCUGGGCCUGCUCAGAACGUGCUCGUUAAAGUGCGCUCUGGCGAGUCCAACUUUGUCAUUGGCAUCCCGACCGAUAUUACGUUCCAGACGCUCUACGAGAAGGUUGUCAAGAAGCUUCGCCUCUGUUCUGCGCACCACGCCAGCGCCGGCCUCGACCUUGUGGUCAGAAUCAAGUGGCUCGACUCUGAUGGUGACGAGGUUGUCAUCAAGACCGACUCGGACGUCCAGGUCAUGCUCGUCGAGUCUGUCUCGGAGCAGAUCCAGCUCAUUGCCACUUGAACGCAGCGAGCUUCGGCCACUUCUUCAUGUGAAUAAUACGCCGCCCAACAUGCUUUAUCACGCGCCCCAUUGUGGUCCAAACGUGACCCCACCACCGCCAGCCGCGCAUCAACCCCUGCGGCUCCCACAUUCGUUUCUUUAUUGUCGUCUCUCUCUCUCUCUGUGGCGCCGCGUAGUAAUAGGAUUGCUCUCGAUUGUUGUUGGGUAAGGUUUCAGGAGCUUUAGUAGAUGCGCGCAUUCUCUCUCUCUCUCUCACUCUCGGUCCCUUGUUUCCAGACUUGUCGUCAAAGGAAUGUAACGCUAUUUGUUCUGGUG